GGAGCAAGAGCAACCCAAGGGAACCACAACACCGAGCUCUGAAACAGCAAUGGGAGAAGAAAUUGAAGAGGAAGCAGUCCAGCUUGCGCGCCCACGAGGGAGGCACAUAAAGAAGAGGGCUCUCAAGAACAAAGCUCUUGCUGUCAGUUUCAAUGAGAAACAUCUCAAGGACUAUGUGAGUGGGUUUCAUAAGAGGAAGAAGAAAAGGAGAAAGGAAGCGCAGAAGCAGCAAGAGAAGGCGGAUAGGCGAAAGCGCAUUGAACAGCGCAAAAAGAGAAAAUUUGAGAAAGAACAACUCUCCAUGGUGGAGUUCCACCAGUCACUGGUUCCACACCCAAUGCAAGUGACGACUUUCAAGAAGAGGAAGAAGAUGAUCAGCCGAUUGCAUCUAUUUCUGGGACAACAACAUAUGACAAUGGCAACAUGAAAGUCACGGUGACAACAAGUGAGAUCUCACAUCAACAAGAAAUCUCCCCCAUCGACAAAACACUGGCUGCAGUAGUGCCCUAAUCAACUGGAGCUGAUAGGAAGCACAAUGUACCUUUGAGUAAGAAGAAAACAUUCAAGAGAGUUGGGAAGCAAAAAUCAUGGUCAAA